ACCUCUCAAAAAUGGCCACUCGUGAUUCGCCAACUACACCUUCCAUGAUGCACCUCUCAGGAAACGGUCAAAUCUCAAUUUCAAACGAGUCCCCGAAGACGGAGAGCACCAUGACGCUGGCGCCGAAGGAGCUGUCUAACCUGCUGGGCAUCAUCUCGGAGGAGGCUUGCACCAACACGUUCGAAACGCUGUCCACGCACUUCCAUCACUACUUCGGCAAGGCGGAGCACUUCCGCGCGGGCUCGGUGCUCGUCAUGCUGCUGCAGCAGCCCGACCUGCUGCCCAGCUCGCCGCAGCGGCUCACCGCGCUCUACCUGCUCUGGGAGAUGUACCGCACCGAGCCGCUAGCCGCCAACCCCUUCGCCGCCGUGUUCGCGCACCUGCUCAACCCCGAGCCCGAGAAGCUGCUCUCAGGCUUCCUGGCACCCAUCACGCAGCCCGAGAAGUUCUUCUUGUCGCAGCUGAUGUUGGCGCCGCCCCGUGAUUUGUUCAAGAAGACGCCGAGACAGGUGUCGUGCAUGGACGUCAGCGGCAUGCCGCAGUCCAUCGACAUCAGCGGCCUGCAGCUUGCACUGGCGGAGCGUCAGUCUGAGUUGCCCACGCAGAGCAAGGCCAGCUUCCCCAGCGUCCUCAACGACCCCGACCCGGACUCGUCCAACUCGGGAUUCGACAGCUCUGUGGCAAAUCAGAUCAUCGAGUCGCUGGUCACCGGGCCUCGCCCACCCCUGGAGAGUCACUUCCGACCCGAGCUGAUCCGUCCUCCUCCGCCGCUGCACGUGUGUGAGGACGAGCUGGCGUGGCUCAACCCCACUGAGCCAGACCAUCGCGUGCACUGGGACCGCUCCAUGUGCGUCAAGAACAGCACCGGCCUGGAGAUCAAGCGUGUCAUGGCCAAGGCCUUCAAGAGCCCGCUGUCUGCACAACAACAGUCACAGUUGCUGGCGGAGCUGGAGAAAGACCCCAAGCUGGUGUACCACAUCGGACUGACCCCCGCCAAGCUUCCGGACCUGGUGGAGAACAACCCACUGGUGGCCAUCGAGAUGCUGCUCAAACUGAUGCAGAGUAGUCAGAUUACAGAGUACUUCUCCGUGCUGGUCAACAUGGACAUGUCGCUGCACUCCAUGGAGGUUGUCAACAGGUUGACCACGGCUGUGGACUUGCCUCCAGAGUUCAUCCACCUUUACAUCUCCAACUGCAUCUCGACCUGUGAGCAGAUCAAAGACAAGUACAUGCAGAACCGGUUGGUGCGCCUGGUGUGCGUGUUCCUUCAGUCUCUGAUCCGUAACAAGAUCAUCAACGUUCAGGACCUGUUCAUCGAGGUCCAGGCCUUCUGCAUCGAGUUCAGCCGUAUACGCGAAGCGGCUGGACUCUUUCGCCUCCUCAAGAGUCUGGACACCGGGGACGGCGGACCCCCCGACACCAAGACCACCAAAUAACGACGGCGUUCACCACAAAAUACUGUAAAUAGUUUUACUUCUUUCAGUGCAAAAUUAUUCAAAUAAAACCUUUUUGGGCGCGAACUC